AGUGGGAGUAGAAUAAUUGUGCUUGCAACUUCGCAGAAUGGCAUCAAGCAGGAAGGUGUGUGUGAACAUAGACUAUUUGAGUCUACAGUUUAUUGCCAGUUAUAACUAAAGAAACCAUUGACACAAGUGUCUGGACACUGAAAAGAAAUAACAUUAGCACUGUCUGCAAUGGCUCGAUCUAAUUUCACUACUGGAGAUCCCAACACACCUUGGUGGUAUCAAACACCAAGUUUGGCAUCCCAGUCUACAUACAGCCAAUCAACUUUCGCAGGAGCUUCGAUCUCACAACUGACGGAUCCAUUUAGCAUGACUCCCGAGCGAGUUCCACAAGAUGAUCGGUGCAGUCCAAGUGAAGGAGAAGACUCUGAUGAUGAAGAACAUCAUAGCUUUCUGAUCACCACGGUUGAUACUACUACAGGGCAGUCUAGUUUUUCCCUCACAGAAGGUUGUCAAAGAUUCUCGGAUUUGAAUCAGCCAAGGAUGAGCUCGUCCUUACCAAGAUCUGCACAACAUUUCAGUAGUGUUGCAUCAACAGACAAAAAUCCCAGCAAGAAUUCUCCAAACAAGAAGGAAGCUACUAGUCCUUUCUAUGAUUUGAAGUCUAGCAGUAAUAAAGGACAAUGGGCAAGCUGGCGAAGUGGAAAGAGAAAUGAAGGGAAAACGUUGAACAAUGAAACAGCAAGUUACCUUGAUGCACUUCAAGCAUCUGAAGUGUCAGCUGUUACACCUACAUCGUCAAAUGGUGUUGUAAAUUUCACCGUCAAUUGCCAAAUUCACCUCCACUCAGAGAAUGGUGAACUUAAACGCUCUAAUUCCAACAUUGAGCUAAUACCGGCCUCUGGUUCUCAAAUACCGAUCAUGUUCCCUGGAACUGUUUCCAUGGUGACUGGGUCAAAUAUCAAUCCUGGAGUUGUUGUGAAAGCUGAGAAAGAUCCACUGGAAAUGACCCUACACUCAAAUAUAACGGAAGAAGAUUCUACUGACUUCAGUGCAGCCAACAUCACAGGUACAUCUGAAGAUGGCCGUGACUCUCUGUCUCCUCUCUCUAUAUCUUCCCAAGAGAGUCAGCUCAAUCAUUCCAUGUCUUCUGCCAACCAAGACAUCCUUAACUACCUCCGGCCACAACUCAUGCAGUAUCUAAACCCAGUGGUGAUCAUCCCUCUACUCAGCCAGUACAACCUGUUAAAAGGCGACGAUCUCAAGUACCUCUCGCACCCCUUCAGAACAGAAAAGGAGAAGAAAAAAAGAAUUAUCGCGAGUGCUCCAGCGACAGACUUUGAGCUAUUUGUGGAAGCUAUCUCAUCUGAAAAGACUGAUUCUGGUCAUGUGUAUUUGGCUAGGAGGAUUAGAGAAGCACUCGAGAAAAAGCGAAGCAACCCUUUUAGUACUUCUCAUCUCAAUACUCCUCCACCCUCUCCAGAGCGACUAUCGUCCCUCCGAGGAAACAGUCAAAACAUUAACAAGCCGUCCGCAAUCUUAAUGUCCAAGGAGCGAAGACACUCCCCCCACAGCUCUACCACACCCUCUCCUAGAACCCCGACACGAGUAACACCUCGAUCAUCAGCUUCUUCAAUUGCAAAUCAAUCCAGUUCCAACAUCGAUACUAACGAGGUACCAUUUCAGCCUAUACUCAAAACCUUGCCAUCUAAAUCAAAGCCAGAGACAUCACACGAAACGUCUACACUGCCAAGAAGAUUCGAAUCAAAUUUGAGACAAGAUUCCCGUGGAAGUAAACCAUAUUCCUCAGCUCGUUACACAUCCAUGAGCUCAACACAGAAAGACAUUAACACAAGACGCUCAAAACUUUCGAGGCAUGGCUCGUUUCAAGGUACUAGUGAUGGGAGAGUUCAAGUUACUCCACUUUUGAGAGAUAGUAACAAACUUUCAGAAGAGAACUCUGAUGUCCUGGAGAAUUUGACUCAUUUCAAAACGUCAGUCUUCCAAUUUCCUACUACGCCACAAGAGUUUAGCUACCAGGGAAUGAUGAAUGAAAACUCGCAAGUGGGUUACUCAAACAGUCACGAAAGCAGAUUUGAUAAUCCUACAAGCGGAAGAGAUUCACUGAGACGAGUCAAGAAAACUCUUGAUUCAACCCCUUACACCACCAUCCCUGAAGCUGUGUCUGAAACAGCUGAGUCCCCUGAUGCAGAACCACCUCCCAUGCCAGUUAAACAACGGCGAUCACUAACAAGAGACGCGAGAAAGAACUAUUCAUUCGUAAGUGUCGACCGAAAUGCCCCCACUACAAUUGCUACCAGACAACCGUCCCAAGCUAUUUCUCAAGAGAACAACGAACCUGUUAUGGUAUUUUCAGUAAAUCGGCCCAAGCACUCAUCACUGAGGCGAGAAAAUCCAAAACAAUCAGUACCACUGAAGCGUGGGAUGUCACUAUAUGGAAUGUCUGAUUCACCCUCGAAGCAGUUCCCCUAUGAUGGUUCCUACAUGCCUUCAGCCUUGUCUCCCGAUACUGUUGGUCCAGCGCAAACAAGAGAAAAACCUCCUCCAGUUCCUGUAAAGCAGAGGACUCACAGACGCACUCAGAGCUACGACACCUCUCAAGCCAGCGUGUCCGACUUUGUGACCUUUCCCACCCCCCAACAGCCACAUCCCUCAAACUAUAAACACCUUUCUCUCAGACGAGACACCACCCCCUCCAGAUUAAGUAGCAGCAAUGUGUCCACAAUCUCCGAAGUUCCAAGUCAUAUUCCAAUAAUCUCAACGCAGGAUUCCGGAAUUACAAGUACAUUCGACAGUAAACUACGCAGUCCAAGUGAGUUCAGUCUGUUCACUGAUCCUGGAUCAUCAGUCAGCAAGUACGUGGGAGCCACUGCUUCAGAUACUGGGAGUGAGACACUAUCUAUGAAGAAGUUUGAAUGGCUGCAAGAGAAGGUUCGAUUCAAAAGAACUCCAGAGGAUAUUCUGUUCUCGUCUCGUACUCACUUCAAUCAAGAGAGGAUGUUACUCAACAGUGGUAUUCUAUAUGAGCAUGGACAGCCCAAGUUCCUGGUGCUGCUCACUGACAUGUUACUUAUUCUGAAGCCCCGUAAGAAGACCAGUAUCCUUCCAGGAAGAUUGGGGAGCUUCUUCUCCAGCUCUAAAGGACCAGUACUGGACUGGUUCAGCGAUAUGGAGUGUAUUACCAAGAUGCCUCUAAUGCUAAAUCAUCUCUCUGUGAGAUCACUGUCAAAGAGAAAAGAGCCACAAGUACUCUAUCUUCACUACGACGAUCGGUCAGAGAUGAUCCAGUUUACACUGCACUCUGUCUCCAAGGAGGCCAAGGACGUUUGGGUGGACUCUCUCAAUGCUGCCAUUGCAUCCUGCACCAAAGCUCUAGCCAAGACCGUGCUAUCAGAGGGAAAUAUCAUUCGCCAACUCCCAACCAGUCCCACCUACACAAAGCUCACCCUCACCAUUGUGGAGGCCAAUAAUGUGGCUGUUGAAGUGGAUGCUAAAACAAGAAACCACUUCUGUUCUGUACAGAUCGGGGAUACAAAGUGCAAGACUCCCAGUGUGAAGGCUCAGUGCUGGCCAUCCUGGAACUACCAGUUUGAGUUUGUGGACUUUUCUCUCACUGAAACAGUCUGGAUAGAGUUCUACACUGAGAGGAUAACUAGUCCUGAUGAGUAUCUUGGUGGUGUCGACAUUCAGAUGAUGGCCGUCGCCCAGAGGUUGAAGGUCAACAUGAGUCAGGGGGUGAGCUCACUGCAAUUAAAGAACCAACACCUCCCACUAAAGAAUGGCAAGGGAACUAUCACACUGCACUUUGAACUGGGGUGGGCCGAUACCAGCACAAAUGCAUGAGCUCUGUGUGUGCAUAAAGACUAAUUAGCUACUUAUCACGUUUGUCUUAAUCAGCAAAAAGCACGUUUUUAGGCCUUUUUUAACUCACCAAUUUUUAUGUCUGCUUUUAAUCCAUUCAAAGUCACAAAAUUAA